AAUCUCCCUGAUCUGACCCUGACUACAAUGGGUCACACGUAUAUACGGAGUAUGAUUUAAUUCAUGUAUAGUUUUAUUAUUAUAUGUUAUCUUAUUAUUGCUCAUAUUGUUGAAAAAGUCAUCUCACACACACGAACAUUAGAUAUGAAAUUAAAAACCAAAAUAUAUUUAAAAUUUCAAAUUACACAUUUAUUUGGUUAAACGUUUAAAUGAAACUUUCAAGUCUUAAUAUAAUAUACCAUCUGUUUUAGCAAUUUUUGUGCUAAUUCAAACAAUCAAAUAGAUAAAUAAUUGGGCUACGUACAAGAAUUAUAUCUAGCUAUCAAGAAAUAAAAUAUAAGAAAUUACAAUGAUGAUCAAUGAUAGAGCUUUUUUGUGUUUAGCUAAAUGCAAAUUAUGUAAUUCCUCUCCCUUUGCUCCACUUUAGACCUUUGCUUUUAUAGACAAUAGUGGAUAGAUUUUCUUCCGAUUCUUUUGCCCACUUCUAACUACCCAUCAUAAUCGGCUCCUAUUUUUGCUGGAUUUGGGAGUUAGUUCUUUGACCUUUUCACUAAGCUCCUCUUUUAUUUAGCCGGACAUAUUUAUCUGAUGGUGUGGCUUGCUGGACUGGAUCAACUAACUUUAUAUUUGAUCAUGGGCCGAACCUUUGUUUAAUCCGUCAAUUAUUUCGUGGCCCAACAAUUGCCCCCUUUCGAGAAGUUGAGGCGUAUGGGCGCACAUGCCAACUCAUUAAGCAUCAACUUUUCGAAAUAUUGGAAGAACCUACAUUUGUCCUCCUCAAAUAUUGCACAUGUCAACUCGUCAUCAGUUUGACAAAACAUGUCAUCAACCCGUCACGCGUCGGGACGCUUCCGUCAACUCGUCAUUUGUCUGAGGAGAUGCUUCUGUCAACCAGUCACUCGUCUGACGAGACGCUUUCCUCAACUCGCCAUUUGUCCGACAAGACGCUUCUAUCAACGUGUCUCUCGUUUGACGAAACACUUUCUUCAACCUGUCAAUCCUCAGAUAAGACGCUUCCGUCAACUUGUCACCUUCCUUGCAAGUAGUUUUUAAUCGAAUCCGUCUCGUUGACUGAAGCAACGAAGAACGAAGGCUGAUCUCCUAUGCUCUUCCUCCAAAUCUAGGUAGUGCCGACGAGUUGAAACUUCGUCCAGAUGACGAGUUGGAUUGUAUGAACUUGACUCAUAUCCUGCAAAAACUUUAAAUAAUGUUACGUUUUUCGUUUGUACUAUCUCCUUAUGUUGGAGCAUGUGCUUCUGUUGUGUAGUUCUAUAUUUUUUGUUGUUGGUGCGUUGUCACAUAUGUUUUGGUUGCACGCGCGUUGUCAUAUAUGUUUUGGUUGCACGUGCGGGGUCAUAUACGUGUGUAGGUUUUGGCCAAAAAAUAUAUAUGUUGUAAGGGCCGGCUGGGACUGUUAUCCAUGAUCUUCUCAUGGGCAGCCCAGCCCUUUCCCAUUUGAUGUUAGUGUAUAAUAUGUAACUGGCAUGAGCAUGGUUGAAAUCUUAGUUGCCUCGGUAACUGCUUGAUCUUGUGCUUCGAGAUAGUCCUGCAUCCAUAAAAACCGUCGAAGCUGGUCGUUGGCUUUGGGCCAACGGCCCUCUGAUGAUUAAGUCAGUAAAAGCAAUGAAUAUAUCUUGAAGUGGAAAUGUAUACUCUACACCGAAUACGUCACAACUUUCUAUGAACAACAUGACCACAUAAUAUUUCCAUAAAGGAUCCAAAAUUUAUUGAACUCAAGCUUAGAAAUGAGAUAAGUUACUGAGAUUAAAACAUGCACAAAAAAUAAUUCAAAGGAAAUGCACAAAUUGAACAUGACGCUUUAACAGAUUCGUCGUACUCGAUACGUCAUUGUUUUCUAAAUGAACUUACAAGGACCUGUGACGUAUUAAAGCAACUUACUGAUGGUGCUUCAUUGAACUUGGCGUCUCGUUUGGUUUUCUGUACUCAAAACGUUGUUAGGGUUGGUCGUUGGCCUUAAGCCAACGGCCCUCCGAUGAUUAAGUAAGUGAUCGUUUAUAGAUAAAUGAAAAUAAUAGAUUAAGAAUAUGUAUACCAAUCUAGAUAAGUUAUCACCAUAACAUGUCUACCGUAGGACGAUAUGCCCCCCUUCUGACGAUUUCAAUCAUUUCGUCACUUAUCACGAAAGUGACUCGUCACAGAAAUGACUCGUCACGGAAGUGACUCGUCACCGAAGUGACUCGUCACGAAAGUGAUUCGUCAUCAAAGUGAUUCGUCAUCAAAAUGAUUCGUCACGAAAGCGAUCCGUCACAGAAAUGACUCGUCACGGAAUUGAUGACAAUAUGCGAAAGAAAGUAACAAACUAAAAAUGAAACAACUUUUACGGGUACCGUAUUGCAGCUCUUUAGAAUCUGUCUAUCAUCGGACGAUGUGCCCCCCGUCCGAGAUAUCAAUCACUUUGUCUUGUUCAUCUCGUCAUGGAAUGACGACUCGUUCCUCGGGUCUUGAAUAAGGUUUCCCAGACUUGUAAUCAUGCCUCCUAUGAGAUUCUGAUUUCCCGUGCCCCCAUUCAUGCUCAACAUGUCCAAGACGGGAUCGUAAGUCUUCUUCUAGACGGAUGAAAGCCAACGCCUUUGCUUGGACAUCUUCGAAGGAUCGACAAGGGUAUUUCGUCAGUUCUCGGUAUAGCUCUGAAUCUUCAUAUAAACCUCUUCUGAAUGCCUCAAUGACGGUAGAGACGUCACAUUUUGGGAUCGACACCUUCCUUACGUUGAAUCUGUGCAAAUAAUCUCUAAGUGAUUCACCAUGCCUCUGUUUGUUCCGGUCUAACGGAGACAGUCGACAUCACUUGCUUAUAUCGCGCGACAUGUUCUCCAGGAUCCGUGGUUCCGUCAAAUGGCUCCAUGGUUUGUACGUCAAAUUUAUUCGGCAGCUGGACACGAAUGAUCGAAGCAUCAAAAGGUGAAUCUUCAUAACACGUUCGUGAUGCUCUUUCCAAGGGCGGGGGUACCCCUGGCAAUCCGUUGAUCUUGUCCUGCAUCUGACGCACUUGCUCCAUCAACAUGGACAUCUGAUCUGUUACGGCUGGGUGGAUUGGUAUUGGGAUAGAAGACGUUGGUCCUACCAUCUGGGUGACUUCAGGACGGGUUGGUGACGGGAUGAAAUUCACUUCGGGGCGUUGCUCUGGAAGCGUCGACGCUGAUGUCGUGACAGGUCUGCCAAAGCGUUCCGUUAGAGGCUCUAGAAAUGAUACACUAGGCUCAUUCCGUCUGGCGUACUGCAUGAAACUUGAUGAACCAGGCUCCCCACAAGUUCUGCUCCUGUAAUGAGGAAUUGACGGCUCUGUCGGGGUAGAGGACAGAGUCGUCGUAGGUAUGCAUCGGGUCGACGAAUAUAUGCCAGAUCCAUUUGAUCUGACCCGAAGGGAUUCCGGGGAAAAGCAAGCCGGAAUAUUGACUAGUGGUGUAGGUGACAGACCUAGCGUGAGGGAGACGGGAUCCGUCACUGUUGCAGGUGGAUCCGUCGAUGUUGCGGAUGGAUCCGUCGCUGUUGCUGGCGGAUCCGUCGCUGGUAGGGAGGAUCCGAGAUCUAACCUUGUUGCAGCAGUCAUUGUGUCACUCCUCCGAUUGAGCCUCGAGUUUGAAGCUAUCGAGACUACAGCUUGUACCUGGGAGCGAAGUACGUCGUUCUCGCGUUGAAGAUGGGACAUCUUCUCCGCCAUCUCACGCCGGAUUUCCUCCCGGACCGUCUCGAGCUGCUCAUGGAAUUCAAUUAACAGCUGAUUCGUUCCUGCCAUAAUUGAUUUCUUUCUUGCACGAUGCCCCACGGUGGGCGCCAAAUUGUUUUAGCAAUUUUUGUGCUAAUUCAAACAAUCAAAUAGAUAAAUAAUUGGGCUACGUACAAGAAUUAUAUCUAGCUAUCAAGAAAUAAAAUAUAAGAAAUUACAAUGAUGAUCAAUGAUAGAGCUUUUUUGUGUUUAGCUAAAUGCAAAUUAUGUAAUUCCUCUCCCUUUGCUCCACUUUAGACCUUUGCUUUUAUAGACAAUAGUGGAUAGAUUUUCUUCCGAUUCUUUUGCCCACUUCUAACUACCCAUCAUAAUCGGCUCCUAUUUUUGCUGGAUUUGGGAGUUAGUUCUUUGACCUUUUCACUAAGCUCCUCUUUUAUUUAGCCGGACAUAUUUAUCUGAUGGUGUGGCUUGCUGGACUGGAUCAACUAACUUUAUAUUUGAUCAUGGGCCGAACCUUUGUUUAAUCCGUCAAUUAUUUCGUGGCCCAACA